AUUCAUAGGUGUGUCCCAAGCACUUUAUAAAUACCUCUGUCUGCUUCAGGUAGGACCACAUGUGCUGGCAGGCUGCACCGGGAACCCUCACUAUUCCUCAAUACAAGCGCAGAACUAACCAUGAAGCUGGCACACAUUGCAUUCCUGGGCCUCGUUACUCUCCUGCUCUCCGACAUCUUGUUGGUGGAAGGUAACAAGCAGCAAGAAGGGAAGAAGGAGAGAGGAAAAGCCAAAGAAGAGAAAAAAGCAGAUGUAGGCAGCCCACAAGGAAAGGGAGGCAGGUCUAAAGGAGGAAAAGGGUCACUUCAAGGGAAAUUUGUCAGCAAAGAAAACACCAGUUGUACCUGGGCAGUGACAGAGGCACAAAGUGUCACCUUAAAAAUUGACUGCAAGAAGGAAGGGUCAAGUUUCUCUUGUACCUUUGGAGGAAACCCAUCCUCUUGCCCCAAAUACUCAGGCAAUGAGAAGUCCUACUGGAAACAAAUUGCUCGUGCUUUAAAGAAGCAGAAGAAAAUCUGCCAGGACCCCAAAGCUGUUCUGAAAUCUAAGGAGUGCAAGAAAGGCCCACAAGAAGCCCACCUGCGCUACCUGGGCUCCGACUCCCUUGCAGCAGAAAACACUGGCCAUAAAGAGAUGGAGCCGGCUGUCCAAGUCAAGGAGACAGAAGUAGGCAAGGACUGUGAGGAGGAUUCUGAUCCUGCAGAACGGCAGAGAAUGGCGGCCGAGUACUGUGGUCAUUCCUGGGGCUCCUUUUGCAACUUCUUCUUGUCCAUGUUGCAGAGCAAAAGCUGCUGAUCAAAUUCCUCUUUCCAGAUGAAGCAGCAUCACUUGAAGUGCUCAGCAGGCUCCACCACACCCCGGGAUAUUCUUUUCCAAAGAAAUAACGUGCUACGUGCACCAGAUCCAUCAAUCAGUCUGAUUCAUUUGUAUGUAUAAAUGGUUUCAAGGACAACUGAAGAACCCAAACAAAGAGGUGGCCAUAACUCUACAAUAUCCCUUAUAAAGUUCUAGCCCUCCGUAUUCCUUGCUGCUUAAGUUCCAGCUUUUUCCCCAUUCGGUCUCCUCCUAAUUGGCAGAAUUGGAAUAAUUGAAGACAUAGGUCUUAAAUUACAACCAAUCAGGUCUCAGCUUGUGUUUUCUGUCUGUAGUCUGACCCCCAACUAAAAGCUGAUUGGUUGUUAUGAUGAGUAAAUGUGCUCAUGUUAGAAAAUGAACCCACUGCGUGUCCCACCUUAGUGUAUUUCUAUCAGUAGGUAUCAUUGCGCCCAAGUGCUUGGCCAACCAAAUGAAACAGACCCAGAAGGUAAGUGGGCAGGACACAAAGGGCUAGACCUUUACUGCACUGGGCAACUGUAUGUUGUGGCCAAAUAUUAUUUGGGACUUCAGUUCCCUUUAAAACUAUGGGCAUCAGAGGGACUCUCUUACCCUUUUUUUUGAGUAUAUUCCACUCUUUUAUGGGCAUCAUUGGAAGGGUAAUAUUUGUAGAUAUAAAAUACAUACAACUAUUUUUAUUCUGUCUGUCUGUCUGUGCUUAUUUAAAUGUUACUAUAAACAUUUUUUUGUAUGGCUGUACUUUUUUUUACAUUACCUUGAAUGCAGAAUCUAUUUAUUAAAUGUCAUAAUGGAUAAAUCCUCCUCUUUACUCUAUUUAUAUUAUAAUAGUACCAGUAUAUAUUCUGUUAUAUUAAAAAAAAAAUGCAUUAAAUAUCUUUACCCCAAGAGCUUACAAUUGUACAUAGAAGAGAGGAAAAUGCCUUUAGUUACAAGGGGUGUAGCCCCUGGAUCAAUGGAGGUAUAAAGCAUUACAUAUAAUAUGUGCAGGCACUUCUGAGUAUUGCACUCUAGUAACAAUAAUGUCCUUGAAGGGAACCCACAAAUUCAAUAUGUUUAAUUUGCUGUUUCCCCUUAAGGGGUCCCAAUGUUUGUGGAUAAUUUAGAAUUCUAUUUAACAGGGAUAUUAUAAAACUCUAUGGGCUGCAUUGCAGGGUAGUCCAUUAGGCAAGGAUGAUGCUGUGAGUUCUAGUUCUGCGACGGAUGGGAUGCCACGAGUUUAUUCCUGAUCUGGAUAAAUCCUGAGUAAACUUGUUACACUGGUACAUAACUUGCUUGGGAUGGGCCAAUAAGCAGCAAACUGGGGAAAGUAUCUAAACACAAUUCCGCACUGUAUAUUAAUAUGUUCUCUCAGCUCCGACGCCCCUUGUUAGUAACUGUGAUUUUAUUUUCACUGCUUUGUAUUUUAUAUUCUUUUGUACUAAAUAAAAUGGAAAAAGAAAA